AUGCAAGACAACAAAGAAAGAGAAAAACAGAGGAAAAGAAAUGGCCACAAAGCAGGGGCUUCGCAAUUUUAUCCCUUUGCGUCUCUCCUUCCAUGGCUACACUUUCUCGCUCCUCAUCAAUCCAUCCGCCAUUAUCGUCCUCACUCUUCUGCUCUAUAACCUCCAUCAACCCCAUACAAUACAUCCCAAUUUUAAACCCUCAUAAAACCCUAUUGUCCGCCGCUUCUUCUUACUCCAGCCUCCAUUUAAUCCCUCCACAAAAACUAAUUCUUGAUCCCAUUUUAUUAUACACCACUGGAUUCAAACCUCCUUUGGAUACUCAAACAUUUCUUGCCACCAUCAGCGUUUUGGUUGCAAUUUCUCUCUCAUUGUUUCUUGGUCUCAAGGGAGAUCCAGUUCCUUGUGAGAAAUGUGCUGGCAAUGGUGGCACAAAAUGUGUUUUCUGUAGUGAUGGGAAGAUGAAACUGGAAACGGGCUCGGUUGAAUGUAAAGUAUGCAAGGGUGCAGGACUGAUACUCUGCAAGAAGUGUGGAGGUUCUGGAUAUUCAAAACGCUUAUGAGUUAGCUUUGGAUUUGCACAUUUUUCCAGCAAACAAGCUGUGUUAAACCUGUAAGAAGGGAUCAGUCUUAUAUCUCUUAUAUAUGUUCUGUUUAGCCUGUUAAAGUUAACAUGAAUCUAGUGGAGAUUUGAGAUAUGUUUUAAGUGACACUUUGUAUGACUUCUGUAAUUAUAUACAUACUUUCAGAGGCUUUUGGCAAUUCUUUUUU